AUAAAUAAUAAAUAAACCAGGAAAAAUUGCCAUCUACUCUACCAGUUCUUUCACUCAACAAGCCUGCUUGCAUCAAAUUCUUUGACCUUCCUCCUUGUACAACAAGACUUGCACCUGCGAAGCUCGUCCCGUCCCGUCGAUUCCUUACAGAAGAGGCAGCUUGGUAGAGCUAGAGGAAUAGUUUAGAUUUUAAACACUGUUAGUGUUGGUUUCGUGUUUUGAAGAAACAGACAAGGAGGAACCAUCAUCUGAUGGAGAACUACUUGAAUGAGAACUUCGGUGACGUGAAGGCUAAGAACUCAUCGGAUGAAGCGUUGCAGAGAUGGAGGAAACUUUGUUGGUUAGUUAAGAAUCGCAAAAGGAGGUUUCGUUUCACUGCUAAUCUCUCUAAACGAUUUGAAGCUGAGGCUAUUCGUCGAUCCAAUCAGGAGAAGCUUAGAGUUGCUGUCUUGGUUUCAAAAGCUGCUCUUCAGUUUAUACAUUGUUUAAAUUUGUCUAGUGAUUACGUUGUACCUAAGGAGGUCGAGGAAGCUGGUUUUCAAAUUUGUGCGGAUGAGUUGGGUUCCAUUGUUGAAGGUCAUGAUGUUAAGAAACUGAAAAUUCACGGUGAGGUGGAGGGUAUUGCGGAGAAGCUCUCCACAUCAAUCAACGAUGGGAUUUCUACUUCUGAGGAUUUAGUAAAUGGAAGGAAGGAAAUUUAUGGGAUUAAUAAGUUUACUGAAAGCCCGCCUCGAGGUUUCUUGGUUUUUGUGUGGGAAGCCCUUCAAGAUAUGACCCUUAUGAUCCUUGGUGUUUGUGCUCUUGUCUCUCUUAUUGUUGGCAUAGCUAUGGAAGGAUGGCCAAAAGGUUCCCACGAUGGACUUGGAAUUGUUGCGAGCAUUCUGCUUGUUGUGUUUGUCACUGCCACAAGUGAUUAUAAGCAAUCUCUGCAGUUCAAAGAUUUGGACAGGGAGAAAAAGAAGAUUACAGUUCAGGUUACCAGAAAUGCUGUGAGGCAGAAGAUCUCAAUAUACGAUCUACUUCCUGGUGAUAUUGUUCAUCUUUUUAUUGGAGAUCAGGUUCCAGCUGAUGGACUUUUUGUUUCAGGGUUUUCUGUGUUAAUAAAUGAAUCAAGUUUAACAGGAGAGAGUGAACCAGUUAAUGUGAAUGCUGCGAAUCCUUUUCUCCUUUCUGGAACCAAAGUUCAGGAUGGGUCGUGUAAAAUGCUUGUGACCACUGUUGGAAUGAGAACACAAUGGGGUAAGCUGAUGGCUACUCUUAGUGAAGGAGGAGACGAUGAGACCCCAUUGCAGGUAAAACUGAAUGGAGUAGCGACUAUCAUAGGAAAAAUAGGCCUGUUUUUUGCUGUUGUAACAUUUGCUGUCCUGGUACAAGGAUUAUGUAACCGUAAGCUUCGAGAAGGAACCCACUGGAUCUGGUCUGGAGAUGAUGCCAGGGAAAUGUUGGAGUUUUUUGCUGUUGCUGUUACAAUUGUUGUAGUUGCAGUUCCUGAGGGGCUGCCAUUGGCUGUGACUCUGAGUCUUGCUUUUGCCAUGAAGAAAAUGAUGAAUGAUAAAGCACUUGUCCGCAAUCUCGCUGCUUGUGAGACAAUGGGAUCUAGCACAACUAUCUGUAGUGACAAAACUGGGACUCUAACAACUAACCACAUGACUGUUGUAAAAGCAUGCGUUUCUGGUGAAACUAGGGAAGUGGGCAGCUCUGAGAGCACUACUUCUUUUGGAUCAGCAAUUCCCGAUUUAGCGAAGAGUGUUUUACUUGAAUCAAUAUUUAACAACACUGGGGGAGAAGUUGUUGUCAAUGAGGAAAGGAAAGUUCAGAUACUGGGAACUCCCACUGAAACUGCUCUUUUAGAGUUUGGACUGUUACUAGGUGGAGAUUCCCGACAAAAACAAGAGAAAUCAAAAAUUGUGAAGGUUGAACCAUUCAACUCUACAAAGAAGCGAAUGGGGGUGGUUAUAGAGCUCCCUAAUGGAGGUUUCAGGGCACACUGCAAGGGUGCUUCUGAAAUAGUUUUAGCUGCAUGUGAUAAAGUUAUAGACUCAAAUGGUGUGGUUGUUCCCCUUGAUGAAGCAUCCAUCAAUCAUUUAAACGAUACAAUUGAAAGGUUUGCUAGUGAAUCCCUUCGAACUCUUUGCCUUGCGUACCUGGAAAUAGGAAAUGAAUACUCUGACGAAAGCCCUAUUCCUUCCAAGGGUUACACUUGCAUAGCUAUUGUGGGUAUCAAAGACCCAGUACGCCCUGGUGUCAAGGAGUCUGUUGCUAUCUGUAGGUCAGCUGGAAUUGUUGUUCGGAUGGUAACCGGAGACAACUUAACCACUGCAAAGGCUAUUGCUAGAGAAUGUGGGAUUUUGACUGAUGAUGGCAUAGCAAUUGAAGGACCAGCAUUUCGGGAAAAGAGUGAAGAAGAAUUGCAAGAACUUAUUCCAAAAAUUCAGGUAAUGGCUCGAUCAUCUCCAUUGGAUAAGCAUGCCCUUGUGAGGCACCUACGGACAACUUUUCAGGAAGUGGUUGCAGUGACUGGUGAUGGUACAAAUGAUGCUCCAGCACUUCAUGAAGCAGACAUUGGACUUGCAAUGGGCAUUGCUGGGACUGAGGUGGCCAAAGAGAGUGCUGAUGUCAUAAUUCUGGAUGAUAACUUCUCCACAAUUGUGACGGUGGCAAAAUGGGGACGUUCUGUUUAUAUAAACAUUCAAAAAUUUGUUCAGUUUCAACUGACAGUCAACGUGGUUGCCUUGAUUGUCAACUUCUCCUCAGCCUGUUUGACAGGAGAUGCUCCCCUAACAGCCGUUCAGCUUCUCUGGGUCAAUAUGAUCAUGGAUACUUUGGGAGCACUUGCAUUAGCCACAGAACCUCCAAAUGAUGACUUGAUGAAGAGAUCACCCGUUGGAAGGAAAGGAAACUUCAUCAGUAAUGUAAUGUGGAGGAAUAUUUUGGGGCAGUCCUUGUACCAAUUUGUUGUUAUAUGGUACCUUCAGACGAGAGGAAAAGCAGUUUUUCGACUUGAUGGGCCAGAUUCUGAUUUGAUACUGAACACGCUCAUUUUUAACUCAUUUGUCUUUUGUCAGGUUUUCAAUGAGAUCAGCUCCAGAGAAAUGGAAAAGAUAAACGUGUUCAAAGGCAUACUGAAAAACUAUGUGUUUGUGUCUGUGCUCGCCUGCACUGCCUUUUUCCAAAUUAUAAUUGUUGAAUUCCUGGGUACAUUCGCGAACACAACUCCUCUCAGCUGGCAGCAGUGGUUUGUCAGCGUCUUCUUUGGAUUCCUUGGCAUGCCAAUCGCAGCUGCUUUGAAGAUGAUUCCCGUGGUUUCAAACUGAAAUCUAAGCUAGUAGACAAGGUACUUCAUUGGUCAUCAAAUUUUCUUUCAUGAUAUUUCCCCCCUUUUCGUUCUUUGUUUUUUUCUGUUACCUCCUCGUACAGCAGCAGAUUUUUUUUUUUUGGCACAGUAAUAGAUUGAAAGGCUACUGGGGCCAUAGAUGCCUUGCAAUGGUCGCAGAUGAUUUGAUUGGAAGCCUGAAAUCAUUACUACUUGACUAAAAACUUGUCCUGAAACUCACCACUGACUAGUAAGCUUUGAUAGGAGAAGUAUUGUAGUGUGGAUUUAUAAAUAAAACCUUCAGUUUGACCA